AUGAAUGACUCCGAUGAUUAUGAGCGGGUUUCCCGCCUUCAAAUACUCCAAAUGGAGGACCUUGGUCUAGCUAGACGCGAUUACCUUUCGACGCGAGACGAAGGAUCAAAGCAAAGGCUUUCUUUACGCCAUUUGGAGGCUUUCAGAGCUUCCAAUCAAGAAGGAACCCAGAGUCAGCGUCUGGCUGAAGAGAAUAAAGAUAAGCUAGAUGCUUGGAAGAACGCCUGGAAAACCAUCGAGGGCCAAGGUGAAGGUGAAGACCUGGCUCCGAUUAUGGAAGGACAGUCUCAUAGGUACAACCUGAUACAGGCGAUCAAGAAUAAGGGUGGGCAAAAGUACGAUACCGAACCAGAUACCUCAGUUCAUCCUCGCGGCAGACGAGCACUCGGAGCUCCCGGUGGUGCUGGUCGAGGAGGCGGCGUAAUGGGAGCUCGUGGACGUCAACAACCAAUGGUUCAAAAGUCGUAUGUAGAUGCCGCUUGCUGCUUGAUCUUCGUUAUCGCCUUGUUAACGCUAGUCUAUGCAAGGUUGGCUGUGGCCGCGAAGCAACGGAGCAAGGCGGCAAUCAUACCUCCCAUCUCUGGCCGUCCAUUAGAUCCUGCAAGAAAUAUCAACAACCCUCAGUCACCUCCAAGGCGAGGAGGAGCAAAGGGACGUGGCGCUGGGCGUCCAAUGCGCCCGGUUACUAUGAGGCACCGCAUUCCCGUCACAACUCUUUCGUCUGAGCAAACUCGCUCCGGUCUAGGCGGUGUCGAGUCCUGCGAUGAUGCCGAUACCUCAGACAUGGCUAUGGAUAUCGAGGGAGAUGAAUCCUCUGAAGCAGAGAAUCUAGAAGCGGCGGAGGAAAAGCUUGUUCGGGGGUCUCUUAAGAGCCCAACACCGGAGCGACCAAUUUUGAAAGCCUUAGAAGUAUUUGGGAGUCCUUCUGCCAGAUAUGGGAACCAGACUGACUCUCUAAAACAAAAGGUCGAUAAGGGAUUUAGCAGCAGCUUGCCUCAACCUAGAUCUCCCAUGAAAUACCGCGAACCAGCCACAUAUGACAGUGACAGUGAUGAUGAUGAUGAGUCGAUACUUCUCCCAGGUACUGAAUCUCCGACCGUGGUCAAUGAUGAACCCGAACCUGCCACCAGCCCUCAACCUUCAACCAUCGAUAUGAAUCGUAAGGAUCGGAUCGCCGCAGAACAGGAGAAUGCGAGUGUUGUCCCACGAUCGUCUGCAGUGGAAAAUCAAGGAGAGAAUGAACUCUCUACAGCAAAGCAAGAGUUGGCGGAACUGGAGCAGACCCUGUCAACUGGAAUGUUACCUGUUUCUGUUAUAAACGUCCUAAAGUUGCGGAAAAAAGAGCUCGAGGAGAUUAUCUUCGUUAAAUCAACCAGGCCUAUUGGAGAUGCUCCUUCGGAUAUACCAGCGCCAAGAGAGAUGUUUAAGAAGCCCUUCACUGCGCCGGCAAGAGCCCUCCCUUUGCCAGAUGAGAAGGCCCCAGUACAAAGAGAGGCUCCUUCAGCGCAAAUAGGCAUGCAAGCUCGCCAAACUGCGCUUGAGCCGACAAGGGAAUUGAAAACCAGCCGAGUUGACGAUGCUGUUCGAACAUCGACAUUUCCUAUGUCUAAUGAUGAAACUAGCAUCAUUGGUAAUCAUUUACUUCCAGGCCGCGAGGGCAAGUCUGAUCCCAUAAUUCCUCCAGCCUUUGCUCAAGGUAAUCGCAGACCACGAAGGGCCCAUUUGGAUGCAAACGUUCCGUGGCCACAUCGACGAAACUUGGACACACCCGACAAGGAUGAUAUUCCUAUGGAGGACACAUUUGUGGCUGAAAAUGCGAAACCAUCUCAGCCGAGCACCACUAGGACCUCAGCUUCGCAGCCUCGAUAUGGAUCUCAACUAAAAAUGCGGGAAACGCCUUAUCUUCCGCAAACCGCAGCUGCUAUGCAAUAUGCCGGGCAAUUAUCGAAUAUGCCUUUGACUAACGAACGCCCGCAACUUCAAGUCCCUGUGCAUACAGCUACACCACCCACUAGCACUAAUGCGGCCAGAACCGACUCAUUUCCUCUUAGGGAUAGUUAUCAGGUUCGUCAGAGAAUUGAUUCUGUUAGAGUCGGAAACGAGAAUAACCCUCCAUUGGAAACGCCCCAAACCAGACUUGCGACAUGCACACCGAACAACCCAUUUUUUUCAAGACGAGGCAACGAAAACCUAUCGCCAGUAAAACAGGCCGGCAGUAAGCCAGGUGGUCUUGCUGAUUCCAUGUGGGCUCCUGCUCCUAGCGCACCGCAGCAAGGAACUUUCGGUAAAAACGUUCUCAACAGCGGUGAAACAUUUCAACGGGGUUCUCAGCGCGACAAUAAACCGAAUACUCGCGGAAAUGAUUUGAUGGCGUCUAGAUGGGCUCAUUGA